CUCGCAUCGCAACAAGCACAUUCAAAAUGGCAGAGAGCAAGGUUCUUAUCGGCGUCAUUGGCGGCUCGGGCCUGUACCACCUGGACAACCUCAAGUUUAUCCGCUCCGUCGAGGUCGACACUCCCUGGGGCAAGCCCUCCUCCCCCAUCUCCAUCUCGACGCUGCCCAACGGCACCGAGAUCGCGUUCAUCUCGCGCCACGGCGCGCACCACACCAUCACGCCGACCGAGGUCAACGGCCGCGCCAACAUCGCCGCGCUCAAGCACCUCGGCGUGCAGGCCAUCGUGGCCUUCUCGGCCGUUGGCUCGCUCCGCGAGGAGAUCGCCCCGGGCCACUUUGUCAUCCCCGACCAGAUCAUCGACCGCACAAAGGGUAUCCGCGCCGACACCUUCUUCCGCGGCGACGGCGUCGUCGUGCACUCCAUGUUUGGCGACCCGUUCUCCAACAAGCUCAACAAGUUUGUCGCGCCGCGCGUGGCUGACAUCCUUGCCAACUCGGGCGUCAAGGUCCACACUGGCAAGACGGUUGUCUGCAUGGAGGGCCCUGCCUUCUCCACCCGCGCCGAGUCGCUCAUGUACCGCCAGUGGGGCGGCGACAUCAUCAACAUGUCGGUGAUUCCCGAGGCCAAGCUUGCUCGCGAGGCCGAGAUUGACUACACCCUCAUCUGCACGGCUACCGACUACGACGCGUGGCGCGUCGGAGAGGCCCCCGUGACCGUCGAGGAGGUCGUCAAGACGCUGCACACCAACGCGGGCAACUCGCGCGCCGUCGCCGCCGGCAUUCUCGAGGAGGUCGCGCUCCACGUCGCGUCGGGCGAGCUCGACGAGAUCAAGGGCUCGAUGCGCUUCGCGUGCAUCACGCGUGCCGAGAGCCAGUCGGCCGAGGCCAAGAAGAAGUACUCGUUCAUCCUGCCGUACUUUGAGUAGACAGAGAGAGAUAGAUGCAUAGCGCGUCGACCGUGAUACGGUCGGCGCGGGGCGAGAGCAGC